GAUAGGUGCGUGGAACAACAAUAGGACACUCGCAAGAAUGCUCCUCGGCGUUUAGGCUUCCUGCUUCACAAGCAGCUCUGCAAGUUGUGUUGUGAAGGCCGACACGUGAUUAUGUAUUCAAUCAUGCAUAGCUAGAAGCUUGGAGCUUGACGGAGGGCCGUGGAGCGGGAGACGCCCUGGCGAUGGAGCAGCUGGAAGCCCUCGGCUGGCGCCCUGCCCGCCGGCUGCGCCACAUCAAGGCGAUCGGCAUCCACAACCUGUACGACCCAGCGGCCUGCGGGAACAACAGCAGUGGCAGCGGUGGCGGUGGCAGCGGCGCCGGCGGUGACGAGGCUGGGAGCGCGGCAGCAGCCGGCAACCACGCCGCCGGCCGCAGCCCAAGCAGCAGCGGCCCUAGGGCUGUUGGCGUCUUGGAACCGGUACCAGCCGUGGGAGGUGUGAGCGUGGCCGCCGGUGCGCAGGGGCCGUGGGGCGGCGCGGCCGGAAGCACGGCACGCGGCGUUCGUGGCGCGGUGGCAGGCGGGGCUCGGGGGGAGUGCAGGUACCGGUACGAGGUGCACACAUGGGAUGCGGCCGUGCAGGACUGGGCGCCCUUCUACCGCAGCGAACAGGUGGAUUCAGACUACACGCUGGAAUGGGAUCCGCAGCUGCUGGAUCCAGAAUCCGAGUCCGCCCUGCGCGGCCUGCAGCACCGGCCCGACGUGGGGCGCGUGCGGCUGCGGGUGGUGGCGGAGCCGCUCGCCAGCACGAACCCAGGCGAGAACACGGACAUGGUCACGGACGUGGGCGCGGAAGGAGGCGCCACGGAUUACAGCGUGGCGGUGGGGGGUGCGGCCCAUGCCGGGGCGGGCGUGGCCACGGGCUGCGGGCGGUGGGGCGGCGGCGGCGGCGGCGGCUGCGAUGAGACGGACGUGUGGGCGGUGACGGGUCUGGACGCGCCUGGAGCGGGCAGCGCGGCCGACUACGAGGCGCAGCACGCGCAGCGCUUGCGGCAGGCGGCGGCGUCACGGGGGCGGCGGCCGCCGGCUGUGCGGCCAGCAGCGGCACCUGCAGAGGCAGUAGCAGCAGUAGCAGGGGCAGGAGCAGGGGCAGGGGCAGGCGCAGGAGCAGGGGCAGGGGCAGGGGCAGGGGCAGGAGCAGGGGCAGGGGGAGGGGCAGGGGGAGGAGCAGGGGGAGGGCCCUCGCCGCAGCUGCUGCCGCUGCAGUGUCGGCGGACAGAGCCGCAAGUGGGGCCGCAGCAUCAAUGGGCGGGGAUAGCGCACGAUGCGGGGGGCCAGGAGGUGUGUGGCUCCGGCGCUUUGCAGCAGCAGCACCAUCAGCAGCAGCACCAGCAGCACCAGCAGCAGCUGGAGCAGCCGGCCACGCCCGUGGCGCGGGCCCCACACCAACGCCGCGCGGCGCCGGCGUCCGACGGCGUGGGCCAUGCGUCUGCACGGCCGCAGGCGCAGGGCGAGCAGCAGACGCAGAUGCAGACGCAGGUGCAGAUGCAGACGCAGGUGCAGCAGGACGAAGGCGCGCCCCACGGCCGGGAAGACAGCUUGUGCAGCAGCUCACGCAGCAGCACCGAUCCGGUGAUGCAGGGUGGGAAUGGGACACACAGCAGCGAAGCCGCGGCAGGCGAAGAGACGGUGGCAACGACUGCACAGCAGGCCGGCGACGGCGGCGGGAGCAGCGGCUGUGGGCCGGGGGAGGAGCCGGCAUCGGCGCUGGUCCGGCGCGUGUUUGGCCGCCUGGCUGCGCCUGCGGUGGAGGGUGCGGCAGCGGGCGAGGGCCCUGUGUCGGCUCUCAUGCGGCGAGUGGUGUGUCGGGUGGCGGGCGCCGCCGCCUCUGGCCCUGUUGCGUCGCUGCAGCCGGGCGUGGCGGCGGGGGAUACGACAGGGGAGGCGGCGGCGGAGCCGGCAGUAGCAGCAGUAGCAGUAGCAGCAGCAGUAGCAUGUGAGGCGGUGGCGGAGGGCGGGGCCGCGCUGGACCCGCACGUGUCGGCCUUGCUGCGCCGCGUCUUGCACAGGGUGGCUGGAGGGUCAGCUGUAGCAGCAGGUGAGGGGGCUGUAGCAGCAGAGGAGGGGGCUGUAGCAGCAGGGCCGGGUGGCGGCUGCGCGGGGCGGACGCCGCGGGCUCCGACCGCCUGUGGGGCAGCAGGCGGCGGCGGGCGUGGCAUCAGCAGGAGCGGCAGCAGCGACCGCAGCGGCAGUAGCACCUGCAUGGACGACAGCGACAGCGGCGGCAGUAGCAGCUGCGUGCAUGGCGACGCGUCCGGUAGCGUACGGCUGCCGUCGGGCGCCCCGGUCUCUUCGCCUGCUGAGGCGCCGUUGUGUGACGACGGCGGCGGCGCCGGUACGGGACUUGUAGAACAGGAGGAUACUGCACCAUUGAAGACAACAACAGGAGCAGAAGUGGCUGGGGAAGGAAGUGGUCAUGAUGGAGAUCUCGGGUUACCUGGCGGCGAGCUCGCGCUGCAGCCGCCGUGUCAAACCCGGCGGAGAGAGCGAGUGGUGGUGGAGUACGUGUUCACACUGUCAGAGCUGACACCGCUGGAGCCGCGGCUGCUGCAGCGCAGCUGGCUCAUCAACCUGCCGGUGCUGCUGCUCGCGCCCGACGGCCGCCCGCACACCCUGGCCCGCGCGCUGCCGCCGCCGCCGGCCCCGCCGCCGCCGCCGCCAGCGCGGCCGCCGCCGCCGCGGCCAGUUGCCGCCGCCGCAGCAGCCCCUGCGUGGCGGCCUUGGGGCUCUCCGGGUCCCAAGCCCGGAAGCAGGCCUGGGCUGGGCGCGAACGGCGGCGCCGGAAAGGGGCAAAUGGUCGGCAGCGCUUCGGCGCAGAGGCUGGCGGGCGGCGGCUGGUCGUCAUCUGCCGCUGCGUCGGAGUCGGAGACAGCGGCAGCCGAUGAGGAGAAGGCGGCGGAUGAGAAGCGCGCCCUGCUGCGGUGGCUCCUGGGCACGGGCAACAUCAUGCAGCCCCUGGCGGCCGCCGGCAGCCUGGAAGAGGAGCUGCAGGACGACUCCGUUCUGGCGGCGGCGGCGGCUGUAGCAGCCGCCUCCAGAGCCGCAGGCGGCGGCUGCUACAGCCGCACCAGCCUCGACGGUGUCAGCGCAGGCGGCGGAGCACGCGGCGGCGGGGACGGCGGCGCGACGGCAGCGGGGGGCCAGCGGCAGGCUCUGUCUGGCGGCUCGGCCACUCGGCUGCUGUCGGCGGCGGCGGCCAGUGCGCUGCUGGACCCGGGGCCGGUGCCGGGCUUCCUGCCGGGCGCCAUGGCGGUGCUGUUCCAACAGGAGCAGCAGCGCCCUGCCAGCGGCGCCUCCCUCGCUCCGGGUGGCUCGGGUGGCCUGGGUGGCUCGGGCGGCCUGGGUGGCUCGGGCGGCCUGGGUGGCUCGGGCGGCUUCCCCUCCCUGCCCUCCCUCAGCCAGCUGGUCCAGGGCGCCGCCACAGCCGUCAGCAGCACCUUCUCCUCCCGGCCCGCCUCGCCCGCGCCGCCGCCGCACCUGCAACACCCGAACCUCACGCCGCACCCGCACCUGUCGGCGCCCGCACGCGGCGCAGCGGCGCGGCCGGUCGCCACCGGUGCCGGUGCCGGUGCGGGAGCGGGGGCAGGUGGUGGCGGUUUUGGGGGAAGUGGGGGAGGUGGGGGCGGUGGCGGGCCGCUGGCGGGGCGGCGGGUGUCCAGCGUGCCGCAGCUUGACACGCUGGAUGCUGAUGUGGCAGCACAGAUGGGGAUGGGGGUGGGGCUGGCACGAGGCGAUGUGGAGGGCGCAUCUGCAGCUAGCUCGGCGAGCAGCAGCAUUGGCAUCGGCGCCGGCGCCGGUGGCGGUGCCGGCAGCAUCGGCGUCAACGUGGGCGUCAGCGUCGGCAUCGGUAGUGGUGGCGGCGGCGGUGGCGGCGGUGGCGGUGGCGGCGGGCUUCUGACCUCUGUCUCGUCGGCGUCUGACCUGCACAGCCUGACGGGCAGGCCGCCGGUGGUGGGCCGGCACCGGCGCGCGGUGUCCGGCUUUGCGGCCGGCGUGGCGUCCGCCUUCCCGGACAGCCUCCACAGCCUACAGGAGGGCGGCGACGCCGACGCCGUCGGCUUGCUGGCAGGAGCAGUCACAGGAGCAGUGGGGGCAGCGCAGCAGCAGCAGCAGCAGCCGUCGUCAGCGGGCGCCGUCGUCGCAGUGCCGCCCCUUGGCGGGCCCGUGAUGUAUCGGCCCGUUGCCACGCGCGCCACGCCGCCCCAGCCAGCUGUCCACGGGCCCUUCCACCCUCCGGGCGCGACGCUCGUGAGUGGCGGCACUAGCAGCGGCGCUCACCCACGCGUGGGCAGCGCGCCUGCAGGGCCCGACUCGGGCGCCGACUCAAACGGCCGAGCGGCUACUGGGUCCGGUGCGGCGGUGGCAUCGACGGCGGCGUCUGCCGGGCACAGCGCGAGUGCGAGUGGCCUGCCUCCCCGCAUGUCGCAAAAGGCUCGAUCUGACACGGCGCUGGCGACACAGGCUUCCGCUGUCGCCGCCGCAACGAGCGGGGGCAGCGGCGCGACGUCGGGCACGGGACACAGCAGCAGCGGCAGCAGCCGCCGGGCGGGGGCGGGGGUGGGGGCUCGGGGCGGCGGGGCGGCUGGCGGCUGGCAGCGCGUGUGUGAGGUGUCGGAGACGCGCGCCAGCAUCCGGCGACUGACAGAGCUGCAGGCGCGCCUGCACGAUACGCGCGCAGCUAGCCGGGCCCUGCAGCAGCAGCUGGCGGGCGCGGCGGCGCGGCGGCAGCGGCGGGAUACAGCGGCGGCCGCCCAGCAGGCGACCAGGUUGGACAAGGCGCACUGGGAGGCACGUGCGACGGCGGCGGCGCAGCACCUGACGCAGCUUCGGCAGGCGGCGGCGCUGCGGCGGCGGGUGCUGGCGGCGCGGGCCACCUCGCUGCAGCACGCGUCGGGCGUCCUGCAGGCGGCGGAGCAGCGGCGGCUGGGCGCCGAGUCACAGCUGGCGGGCCCCGAGGGCCGGGGGCGGUUGGCGACGCUGACGUCAGCGCUGGUGGGGCGGCGCAACCGACUGGUGGCGGAGCUGGGCAGGAUCUACCAGAUCGGCCCGGUGAGUGAGGCUCUGCUGCAGCCUGACCCGCUGGAUCUGGCGCUGGACUGCAGCUGGGCCGGCGGCCGGGCGGCGGCCUGGCAGCAGCAGCAGGAGGAGGAGGAGGAGCAGGAGCAGGAGGAGCAGCAGCAGCAGCGCCACAAGCACACGCAGCAGCACACGCAGGCCGCAAACCAGAGCUCAGGAGCAACGGGCGCGGGAGUGGGAGUGAGGCCGUGGCAGGGCGGCGCCGCUGCCGCUGCCGCGCCGCCUGCGGCGGCGGCGGUUUCGGCGCCGCCCGGGUCGCGGCGUGUGUCGCUGCCUCCGCCGCGGCCGAUGCGACUGGCGGUGGUGGGGCUGGAGGUGCCGGCGGACCUGCUGGAGCGCAUACGCAACAGCGCCUCCUCCAACAGCUGGGCGGCUCUGGACCUGGGCCCCGCCCACGACUCCUACCAGCGCACCUCGGCCUCAUUAGGCUACCUGGCGGCCGUGGUCGACCUGGCAGCAGCCUAUUUAGGCGUGCCGCUGCGCUACCCCAUCGCCCCCCGCGUCUCCGUGUCAUACGUGUCAGACCCCUGCCCGCCCAGCGCCGCCGUCAGGGCGGGUCUGGCGAGCGGCGCCGGCGCCGCCGCGCCGCCGGCGCUGCCGCCGGCGGUGGCGGUGGCUGGCGCCGCCGGACCCGGCGGCGGCGGUGCGGGCCUAGGUAUGGGUGCGGGUAUGGGUGCUGGUGGUGUAGAUGUUGGUUUGGCGGCGGGCGGGGUCGGCAGGGUUGCGGGAGGAGCAGCCCGGGGCGGCGGCGGCGCGGCAGGGCUGGCGCGGCGGCCGUCAGUGGCCGCACGCGCGGCGUCCCAACCCGGCGGCGAGUGGCGGCUGCUCAACCUCGCUACCGGCGCCCUCUCCGCAUCCCCCGCCUCCUCUUCCUCCUCCUCCCUAACCACCACCUCCUCCUCCUCCGUCGGCGCGACUGCGCCGCCGCCGGCUGUGGGCCUGAUCCCGGGCCCGCGCGGCGUGGGCGCCGCCGGGCGGCUGCUGGUCUUCUCCGCCCUGCUCAAUGACCGGCUGGACCCCUGGGUCGCGGCCACGGCCGCCGGGGCGCUGGGCGAGGACGCGCACCCGCGGGGGCUGCUGCCGGCCGCCGGGCUGCCGCUGUUCUGGGGCGAGGGCGCGCGCGACCGCAGCCGCUUCGCCUACGCGCUGUACCUGCUGUCGCGCGAUGUGGUGCAGGUGAUGGAGGCUCACGGGCUGCCGCCGCUGGCGCCCAACGCGCCGCUGCAAAACCUGUACGCGCUAAUCAGCGCGGCGGCGGCGGGCGUGCCGGACGCGGCGGCGGAGGCGGCGUGGCGGCGGCGGGGGCAGCAGGGGCCGCGGCAGCAGUAGCGCGCGCGUUCGGGUGAUGAGAGCAGUAUUAGAAUGAACGGAGGGGAGUAGGCCAGAAGGGAGAAGAUGGUAAGCGUUGGGGGGGAAGCAUGGGAAGGAGCAGCGGCAAGGGGCAGGCGCUGGCGUAGGCGUAGGCGUAGGUGCAGAGGCAGCUGCUAUGUAGUGGGGUACGGGCGGAGUGACCAGACUAAGCAGGCGGAUCAGUGCCUAGGUACCACAGCGCGGCGUCUUGAGCUAGCCUAACUUUAGCGAAAGUAAGGGGACCGUACACACAGACGAACCCAGGUGAUGGCAAGGGUGAUGGUGCACGGACCACCAUGCCCGCCAACGUGUCCAGCAUCGCAAGCAGUGCCUCAGAGCUAAGCAUGUCAACGUGUCAGUAGGUUCAGUUGGUGAUUGUUUCCAAGGACUGGGAU